AUGGCUAGCUCAUGGAAUGUUGUGCUUGAAUUUCCAUCAUGGAGCGAUUUCGUUAUGGCAGAUGAUUAUAAGAAAGUUAAAGGAGGCAGCCUGAAGCUAAAAGGGAACAAGGGAGCAUUAUUCAAAGCCGACAAGCAUAAGAAGCAUAAGUCGAAGAAAACUGAGACUAAUAGGGAUGACCCAGAUGCAAAGGCGCACGGAGGCUGGUGGCAAAUAAAAGACGAAGUCGAUCUGAAAGGAGGCGAGCAUGUCUCCUUCGAAUGUGGAAGUGGCAAUUGUUGCUAUCUUUCUGCACUAGAUAAUGGCCGCUUUACUAUCGGGUUGCCUCAUCCAGAUGGCGAAGAACCGAAUCCUGAGGAGAUCUUUGCAGUCGUAAAAACUCCUGAUGAUCCCAAGUCAAGUUUUAAAACGGGUUAUGGCAAGUAUAUUGGAGUCGAUGUUAAUGGAGCUUUGGUAGCUACUGCAGAAGCGAUUGGUACGCGAGAGCGGUUCCAAGUAGUCUUUGAGGAGGGUAAAAGUGCCAUUCAAGCUGUUUGCAACCCAUUAUUUUUGACCAUGGCCGUAGACAAAGAUGGUAUGAUAUACGUAGCAAGCAAGAAAGCUGGACCAGACGAGAUGGUCAAUAUUCGAACAAAUGCCGAAAAGACUGGACCAGUAGAUUGGCGGUCAGCUGAGGAUAAAAAGUCGGCCAAAGACUGUACAACUGCUUACAUGAAAAUCUAUCAACACUCCAAAGUCGAUACCAAGCUACGUGCCAUUCCUGAAGAUGUCUUUGAUAUGAAAAGCGUAAAGCGAGCGCAAAAGGAGGGUGAUUUGCACGAAACACUACUCGCUAAAAGGAUCAAAAUGAAAUCAGAUCGGUACUGUUGAUUGAUUUAUCUCUUGUAUUUUUGAUCUUCUUGAAUAAUAAAACUUCCAAGAGAAAUUUACAUUUUCCUCUAUCUUGCUUUUUUUACUGAAAAGCUUGGGAUUGUUGCAUGGUAC